GAAGACGAGGAGGAAGACCCGUACAUCACACGCAUCAAAAAUUCAGGCUGUUUCCCCCAACAUGAGGCCCUGCAGGACUGCCAUUUUGCAAAGAAGGACUGGCGCAAGUGCAAGGACGAGAUGCUUGCCUUCCGACAAUGUUUCGAGCGGAAUUCG